UUGGUAGUAACUAUUAAAAUAAAAAAAUCAUAUUAUCAACAUGUUUUUUAAGUUUAAUUAUAGAUGUUGAAAUGUAACUAAUUAGGAAAUAAAAAUAUGAAUACACCUAUUUCAAACAAAGCCCCCAAAAGUAGGGUCAGUACUACACCCUAUGAUAGAAGAGGAAGCAGCUCAGCUUGUUUUAAGCCAUUCAAAUCUCCAGUCAGUAAUAAGUCCCCAGUUGAAGACAAUAGAACUUUAGUCCAAGAUAUUGCAGCUUUACGUUCAGAUAUUGAAAAAGUGGAAAAAGAAAUUACAGAAUUAAAAUCUGAAAAUUACUGUGAAAGCGAAUUGCAAGUUUACAUUGAUAGGCUUCAUGAGUAUAACGAAAUAAAAGACAUUGCUCAAAUGGUUAUUGGAAAAAUUGCUGAGAUUGAAGGUACGACAUCACGGUUGUUGUAUUCUAGGUUUGAUCUUGAUAUUGAUGAUUGACAUAAAGUUUUUCAAAAUUAAAUCAAAGCUUCAAAGUAUAAAAAUGUAGAAAAAAUUUAAAAUAAUUUUUCAAAGUUUUCUUUAAUAUAUAUAUAUAUAUAUAUAUAUAUAUAUAUAUAUAUAUAUAUAUAUAUAUAUAUAUAUAUAUAUAUAUAUAUAUAUAUAUAUAUAUAUAUAUAUAUACAUAGUCCUAAAAGAUUUUUAUAUUAUGACAUUUUCUUAUUUGUAUAUACUUUAUUCAAGGUGAUAUUUAUUUGUGUUAUAAUAUUUCUCUGUUUUAAAUUUUUGGUUUAUAAAAAGUUUAACUUUAGCUUUAUUGUUUUAGUUUUUUGUUGUUUUUGUUGUUUUUGUUGUUAUUGUUCUCUUUUUGAAAAAGAUGUUAGAGUUUGGUUGGUUCUUUGUUUUUCUUAUGUUUAAACUGUUAAUAAUAAUAUUACAGAGAAUAUUUAACAGCUCAACUAUAAUAUAGAAACACUUUUAAAUGUUGAUAAUAUUAUUUACUAUUGAGUUGAA